CCCGAGAGUCGGCGGCGCAGCGAUGGGCGCGGACGCGUGGGCUGAGAGGGUCCGCGCCGGCGGCGGCCCGGGCGCAGCGGGGCCCCCGACGAGUUCCCGCCCGCCGCGGCCGCCGCUCCGGCCUCUCCCCUUCCUACUUUUGUUGUUGCUGGAGGCGCCCGGCGCUCGGGCCGCGGGGUACGAGACGUGCCCCAAGGUGCAGCCAGACAUGCUCAAUGUGCACUUGUUGGCCCACACACACGAUGACGUGGGCUGGCUCAAAACGGUGGACCAGUACUUUUACGGCAUCGAGAAUGACAUCCAGCAUGCAGGCGUGCAGUAUAUCCUGGACUCGGUGAUCUCUGCCCUCCUGGCUGAGCCCACCCGCCGCUUUGUCUACGUGGAGAUGGCCUUCUUCUCCCGCUGGUGGCUCCAGCAGACAAAUGCAACGCAGGAGGCCGUGCGGGACCUGGUGCGCCAGGGGCGCUUGGAAUUCGCCAACGGCGGCUGGGUGAUGAACGAUGAGGCGACCACCCACUACGGUGCCAUCGUGGACCAGAUGACCCUUGGGUUGCACUUCCUGAAGAACACAUUCGGCAGUGACGGCCGCCCCCGAGUAGCCUGGCACAUCGACCCAUUCGGCCACUCGCGGGAGCAGGCCUCGCUCUUCGCUCAGAUGGGUUUUGAUGGUUUGUUCUUCGGGCGGCUGGAUUAUCAAGAUAAGAAGGAGCGGAAGGAGACGCGGGAGAUGGAGCAAGUGUGGCGGGCCAGUGCCAGCCUGCCUCCCCCAGCCACUGACCUCUUCACUGGUGUGCUCCCCAACAUGUACAACCCUCCAGCUGAUCUGUGCUGGGACUCGCUGUGCAGUGAUAAGCCGGUGGUAGACGACCCCCGCAGCCCCGAAUACAACGCCGACAAGCUGGUCGAUUACUUCCUGCAGUUGGCCGCUACCCAGGGCCAGUAUUACCGGACCAAACAUAUUGUGAUGACCAUGGGCUCGGACUUUCAGUACGAGAAUGCCAACAUGUGGUUCAAGAACCUUGACAAGCUCAUCCAGCUGGUCAAUGCCCAGCAGGCCAACGGGAGCCGCGUCCACGUUCUCUACUCCACCCCCGCCUGUUACCUGUGGGAGCUCAACAAGGCCAACCUCACCUGGUCGGUGAAGGAAGACGAUUUCUUCCCCUACGCCGACGGCCCCCACAAGUUCUGGACCGGCUACUUCUCCAGCCGGCCGGCCCUCAAACGCUACGAGCGCCGCAGCCACAACUUCCUGCAGGUGUGCAACCAGCUGGAGGCGCUGGCGGGCCCGGCGGCCAGCAAGGGACCCUACGGCUCGGGAGACAGCGUGCCCCUCCGGGAGGCCAUGGCCGUGCUCCAGCACCACGACGCCGUCAGCGGCACCUCCAAGCAGCACGUGGCCGACGACUACGCGCGCCAGCUGGCGGCCGCCUGGGGGCCCUGCGAGGUGCUCCUGAGCAACGCGCUGGCCCGGCUCAGCGGCUCCAAGAAGAAGUUCACGUUUUGCCGCGGACUCAACAUCAGCGUCUGCAGGCUCAGCCAGACGGCGAAGCGCUUCGACGUCACCAUUUAUAACCCCUUGGGGAGGAAGGUACGGUGGAUGGUGCGAUUGCCGGUCACCAAAAGCGUUUACGUCGUGAAAGAUCCCAAUGGGAUAACUGUGCCUAAUGAAGUAGUGAUACUUCCGAGCUCACAGAGUCAGGAGCAGCCCCCAGAGCUGCUCUUCUCGGCCUCAGUGCCUGCCCUGGGAUUCAGCAUCUAUUCUGUGGCCCAGGUGCCUGGCCAGAGUCCCCAGGUCUCUACCCCACAGUCCACCGAGAGCCGGGCCCAGACCCGUGUCCUGACCAUCGAAAAUAAGCACAUCCGGGCUACAUUCGACCUCAACACGGGGUUCUUGGUACAAAUUGAGAACCUGGACCAGAAUCUCCUGCUGCCUGUUCGCCAGGCCUUCUUCUGGUACAAUGCCAGCACAGGCAACAAACAAAGCUCCCAGGUCUCGGGUGCCUACAUUUUCAGACCCAACCAACAGAACCCACUGCCCGUGAGCCGCUGGGCUCAGAUCCGCCUGGUGAAGACAGCGCUGGUUCAAGAAGUGCAUCAGAACUUCUCAGCCUGGUGCUCCCAGGUGAUUCGCCUGUACCCGGGACAGAAGCACCUGGAGCUGGAGUGGACGGUGGGGCCGAUACCUGUGGUCGAUGGCUGGGGGAAGGAGAUCAUCAGUCGCUUCGACACGACGCUGCACACAGCUGGACGCUUCUAUACAGACAGCAACGGCCGGGAGAUACUGGAGAGGAGGAGGAACUACCGACCCACCUGGAACCUGACUCAGACCGAGCCAGUGGCGGGAAAUUACUACCCGGUCAACACCCGGAUUUACAUCACGGAUGGGAACAUGCAGCUGACUGUGCUGACCGACCGCUCCCAGGGGGGCAGUAGCCUGAGGGACGGCUCCCUGGAGCUCAUGGUGCACCGAAGGCUGCUGCUAGACGAUGGCCGCGGAGUGGGGGAGCCGCUGGAGGAGGCGGGCCCGGAAGGGGCCGGGCCGGGGCUGUGGGUGCGAGGCCGCCACCUCGUGCUGCUGGACACGGCCCGGGCCGCGGCCGCCGGGCACCGGCUGCAGGCGGAGAAGGAGGUUCUGGCGCCGCAGGUGGUGCUGGCCGCGGGCGGCAGCGCCCCUUACCACCGCAAGGCCGCCGAGCGCAAGCAGUUCUCUGCGCUGCGCCGGGAGCUGCCGCCCGCCGUGCACCUGCUCACGCUGGCUCGGUGGGGCCCGGGGACGCUGCUGCUGCGCUUGGAGCACCAGUUCGCCGUUGGGGAGGACCCGGGUGGCAACCUGAGCUCCCCCGUGACCUUGGACUUGCGGGACCUGUUCUCCACCGUCAGCAUCACCGCCCUGCGGGAGACCACGCUGGCGGCCAACCAGCUUCGGAAGGACGCGGCCAGGCUCCAGUGGGACACGGACGCGGGCCCGAAGCCCCAAACCGUGCCUGUACCGCUGGACCCCGCCGCUGUCACGCUGCAGCCCAUGGAGAUCCGCACCUUCCUGGCCUCUGUCCAAUGGGAAGAGAAGGGCUUGUCCGGCUAGGAUGACCCCUUGGGAACAGGAGGUCCCUCUUUUAGGGCUGGGAGACUUCCUGCUUCCUCUUGCUACUGUUACUGCCACAGUUGAAAGUCAUUAAAAUGCCACCAGCAUGGCCCAGUUCGA